CCCCUCCCCCUUGGCCGCCAUUUUGUGGGACGUUGUUGUGUGAGCGAGCGAGUGAGGGACGGGGAGAAAAUUUCCGGGUUUGUGGAUGAGGGAAAAGUUGGCAGCGUCUUCGGCAAUCGAGGAGUUUGGAGAGGAGACGGGCACCGGGUAGUGGCAGGCACCGAUCGGGAAGCGACUUGAAUCCCACCUCCCCGCGCACACUGUUCCCUCUCUCCCUCCUACAACAAUAUCCUUCACAAGCCCGAACCAACACCGGGGUAUGUGACCGGCUGAGGGGAACAGAAAGCCUACAGGGCUGAUUGCAAUGACCAUACGUGUCAGUACACUCCAACCAAGGUGAACUGUCUCAGACUGGGAAUCACUACUAGAAUUUGCAAGUUUGUGCAUAGCCUUUCUACCUGCCAGCACGUUAAAGAAGUAUUAGUUUCAUGACAGAGCGGUUUUUCUUCACUCCAUUUACAGAUUGAGGAAGCUGAGUAAAGGUAUAUGAAUGACCCAUAACACUGUGUGAAAUACAACGGAGAUUGAACCAGCAGGCAGUGGGAAAAUAUGCCAAUACCUCCACCGCCCCCACCCCCACCUGCUGCACCCCCUCCACCAACCUUUAAUCAGGCAAAUACAGUUACACCUAAAUUGACCAGAGAUGAACAACAUAAUCGAGAUGCACUCUUAAGUGAUAUCACAAAGGGAGCCAAACUUCGAAAAGUGACCAAUGUAAAUGAUAGAAGUGCCCCAAUUCUUGAAACUUCUAAAGGAGGAGGUGGUGGUGGAGGAUUUGGUGCAGGACCUGUUUCUGGAGGACCAGUCCCAUCAAUCGGUGGCUUGUUUCAGGGAGGUGUUCCUAAGCUUCGUCCAGUAGGGCACAGAGACAGUUCAGAUCCUGCACCCAGUAGAACGGCACUAAAUCCACCUGGCUCAAGAUCUGCUGCUCCACGACCGCCACCUAGUAGUAACCGCUACAGCGAUGAUUCUGAUGCACAGAGUAAAACCUCUCCUCCAGACCUUCCAAGAGUUCAUCGACCUUCAUUGCCUGAUCUUUCCAGCACAUCCCGCUCUGGUAGUGCCAGCGGUGUGAGGCACAGUGCAUCAGCACCACCGCCACCACCUCCAAUUGGAAGACGUUCAAAUCCACCUCCACCACCUGUGCAUAGCAGCAAAGCUCAUUCCAGUGGACCAUACAACAGAGAAAAACCUUUACCUCCUACUCCAGGACAAAGGACUCCUGGUAAUAGAGAUGGACCUCCUGCCCCUCCUUCUGUCAAGCCUCCCCCAUCACCAAUAAAUCCUAGGCUUGGUAACAUUCAGAGCCAACCUCUACCACCCCCUCCCCCACCCUACAGGCAACCUCCCCAUGUACAUAAUGGCCCUUCUAGUCCUGGAAAUGAGGCUGCCCCAGAAUUGCCGCAGAGGCACAACUCGUUAUCGCGUAAGUCAGCGGGACCAAUGCGAGGAAUUGCUCCUCCCCCUCCAUCUCCUUCACCCUCCCAAAAUCGCCCACCACCACCUGCAAGAGAACCACCAAACCGAGGUACAGCUCCCCCACCACCUCCCCUUGGAAUGCGGAAUGGAGCUCGAGAGGUCCCUCCCCCACCACCGCCAUACAGGACACCUUCAGAUCCUCCAAAUCGAGGGAAACCCCCACCACCACCUCCAAUGCGAACACCUGCACCCCCUCCUCCACCUCCACCUAUAAGAAAUGGACAUAGGGAUCCUGUUGGACCAUCUUCCAAAUCAUAUAUAGAUGACUUUGAAUCAAAAUAUUCAUUUCAUCCCAUUGAAGACUUCCCAGCGCCGGAGGAAUAUCGACAUUUCCAAAAAACGUACCCGAGUAAGCUGAAUAGAGUUGUUCGAGGGGCACCACCUCUACCACCUGUAGCAAGGUGAUCUGUGACUGUGUGGGUUUGGCUAUUCCCCACCUUCCCUGUUGUGGAAGACUGAUGCUUUCCCUCCCUUCCUUUUCCUGGUGUACAGCUCAAGAUCCUUAACCACUUCACUACGUUGAGGCAAAACCUCUUCAGAUCUGCUUAGAGCAUGCAUCCUAAUCUGCAAUUCCUGUGAUUCAGAUUGCACAAUCUUUGACCUUCACAUCUUUCAGCUCCAGGAAUUAUCACUGCAAUUGGGCUGAACUAAUGGAAAGUUGAUGGGAUUGUCAUGAUAUUUUUUUAAGUUGAGGGCUUGUAAGGUGUUUACAGCCACCAGAGAUCCAAGAAUGCAUGCCCAGAUUUCACUACAAAUGAAUUGGAACACAUGGAAUAAUGUGUGUCUUGUUUCAGUCUAUACAACGUGGUUAAAAUAAAUCUUUCUAAAUGGAUUUUGAUUUGAAAUAUCCUUGGACCUCUGGUAGAUUGGUAGAGUUAUGGAACACUAUUGGGUAUACAUGGACUGGUUGGUAAGACUAAAAUUCCCACUACAUUUAUUUUUUUGAAUUGUUAUUCCUAUAUCUAGCUGGUCCUUGCCUUAUACAUUGUCAUGUUGUCGGUACCAGGUUUAUUAUAAUGUAUUUACUCAAGUACAGGAGAUAUAGUAAUCAUUGUUAUAAUUCUUUAUUUGUAAUUGUACAGAGCUUGUAAAUUAGGUAAUGGUGGGCUUGAUGGACGACACUACUUUCUCAGAUAAAGGACUGAGUUUCUUGUUUUGAUUGCUUAUUUCUAUCUACAGCAGAGGUUUCAUCAUUUAUUUAAUCUGGAGCAGCAGAGCUCAUGUUGAGGGAUGCUGACUGUAUGUGUCAUUGACCAGGCACAAAUAAAGUCUCUUCUUGGCACGCAUUGGGUAUGAGAAAUGGCCAAUUUGGCAUUCACCAAGUUGGGGUGAUAUCUCCUGGUACGUGCUAGGUACGAGCGAUGUGAAAUGCACUGUGCAUUUUUUUUUUAAAGCUGUAACUUCAGGCCAAAGCACUUUGAAUUUGGUGUUUUUUUUGUGUGUUUGUCUGUAAUGUGGUACUUUCAUACAAUUCUUGGGAGCCCUGUACACUGUUCAGCAGACAUCAUGUGCGGUGCUACAGUACCAGCGAGUCUAAAUCUCUCUUUAUAGGAACAACCGCAAUUUCGUCCAUAGGUAAACAUUCUUCCCUGUCUCUCCCUCUCUCUCUCUCUCUGUCUCUGCAUUGUUGGGAAGUGCGGUUUGCGUUAAGAUCCUGAACUGAUGCUGAGCAAUCUAUGGAACUGUUGGCAGCCUUCCAUAGAGGUAUUUUUGACAGAAUUAUAGUAAAUCUAUAAAGGGAGGGGAACAAAAUAUCUACCAAUAAAUCAAUUCAUGAACAAUUAAUAGAUUAUUCUGUUGUUGGCUUUUUAAUAUUUUAUUAAAAGAUCAGUUUUAUUUUUGAGCCAAUCAUAAUGGGUACGGCCCAAUAUUUUAUUCUCACUUGAUCAUCGUUUAGAUCCUGCAGAACACUGAUGUGAUUGCUGUAAUAAGACAGAAUUCUUAGGUGGGCUGUGCUUAGUUGUGUGCCUGACCUUCAUACAAGGCUGCUAGUUUACCAUUUCCUUGAGUAAAAAGUGGGUGGUAGUCCUUGGAAUUUUGGUGGAAAUCCUGAAAUCUCGCCAUGGAAUUUGAUUCAUUCAAUCACUGUGAAGCAGGAGGACUUGUUUGUUAAAGCGGUUAGUUAGCAUAGCAUGAAAGGUAUCUUUACAUAUAUUUUUAAUGUGUUAACUUCCAUGUGAAUGUUGUUUAAACCACCUACCUUAACAAGAGAAAGCACUCUGCGUUGGUUCAUUUGAUUGGUAUGGGGAAGAGCAUUCUCACGAGUGCUACUAUAGGUGUCAGUGGUUCACACUGUUUCUAAUGAAUAAAUACACCUAGCAAUGCAGUUACUGAGAGUGACAUUUGAGUGUACCUGUUAAAGGUGCAAUAAAAACAAGAAUCUGGCUGCCAUACUUUUGAAAACUAGAAAUAUACCCAUGGAACAUAGAAAAGCCCUCUGCUACAUGAUCGCCUGAGUGGCAUCAGCUAUCCUUAUCAACUGUGUGCUGAUCCACAUCUUGCUUCUGAAAAACACCUGGAUGUAUGACAUUUUCAAUUUUGCAUUUGUGAAACAUCAUUGACAGGUUCUGUAAAAUUAACACUAAAAUGUCUUUCACCAUGCACGGAGCAAUUUUAUAAGAUUUUGACUCGCUGGUUUGUAAAGUAAAAAAUGUACUUGCAAAUAUACUCAAGCUUAUCCUACACUUCAUAAGCGUGAUAAUGGGAUGGUUUACUAUACUGUACACAAGUGCAUGCAAUUCAAAUACUGCAGAACUAGCCCACCAUGCUUUGUCCAGGUAUCAAUGGACCCAGUGUGUUUGCAUUUGCUUCUGGCUGCGGUUUCAAUAGUGUAGUCAGUGAACAUGAAGAACUUUGUAUGAUAAUCAUUUGAACCAAUAACUCUAGUGACCAUUCCACAGAAUAAUCUGAUCCAGUACUGGUGACGUCUUUGUUUCUCGUUGAAAAUCUGGAACUUGUAUCCUCAAUCAUCCAGCACACACCAAGAAAGGAAAAAGCAAACAAUGAACUGGGCAAACAGCAGACUGACAGCUAAUGAGAGCAGGAUUUGUGGGUUUUAAAAUAAAUUUGAUUUCCAGCAUUUACUGCAAGUAUCGUAGAGGUUUAGCAGUGGUCUUCAAUACAGGACUGAAAUCUGGGAUUUGUAAUACAGGUUUGAAAUGUGCAAUUAUUGGCACUGGUACCGACGCAUGUACAGUAAUACCAGUGCCGGUAUGUGUAAUAACCAUGCCAGUACCCUCUAUGUAUAAUGCCAGCUUCACUACUAGUGCACAUAGCACUGGCUCCCUAAUGUAUGGUGUAUGUAAUAUGCCAGUCCAGUACAGGUCCAAUAUUUGUAUUAUUUUUUGUUUUUUUUCCUCAUUUUGCAAUUGCCACAAACAUUGUGCCUUAAGGAAUGCACCGGUGUUUCUGUGUUGCUUUGAUUUGCUGUUUUAUGUGCGUACAAGCGCACAGAAAUAGGACAGAAGGACUUUUCCUUCCAUCAGAUGUUGCCUGUUUUGAGUCCUGUGAAUAUUACCAUUUGUGUGUCACCUGAGGCCACCUAUGGUGGGUUUCUUUUUCCCCUCCAGUAGCUUUUCCGUUAACAUGGUGGGUACUCUGCAUUCAAAUUAUUAACCUCAUUAUUGUUAAAGUUAUGUUUAGCUGGAUUAAUUUAUUGUCUUGAUUUAUCUUUCAGUUUAUGGUAAUCUAAUAGUUUUCGUGUCCCCCUCCUAUGGUUGAUCUGUGCAGGGUUUGGGGUAGUCUCUGACUAUGGAUCUGGAGUGUGCUGUAGUUUCCCCUGCUAUGCAAUUCUUGAUUAUGAAAACAAAACUUUGUAAUCUCAUUUCUUGAAAUGGUACAGCAGCCUCUUCUGUGGGAUUGAAAAACAUAGAAGAUUUAAAAAAAAGGACUCAGAUACGGAGAAUGCAAUAACUGAAGCAUUAAGUUCCCAUGUUUAUUGCUGUAUCAUGCAGGCCAGCUGGACUUGGUUCUCUGUUAAUUAUCAAGAAAAUUGAAAUAAAAAUAAUCACUUUAAUUUUUCUUA